AUGACCAGCCUUGUAAACAGGACCAUUCAACAAAAGGAGAAAUCACUCAUAUUUUUUGAUUCCAAGAAUGCCAUGGAGAGUUAUCGCCAGAGUCUAAGCCAGUUCGAAAAGGGACAUUGCUGUGUUUUCCAUGGGGAGCUUCCAGCCCAGGAGAAGAAGACCAUACAAGAUCGGCUUCGAACAGCUUCUGAUGGUAUCACGUUGCUCACUACAACUGCCGCUAGCUCUGGUCUCGAUAUAGAUGGCAUCACUUCGGUUUACCUUACAGGAUUCUUCUCACUUCCAACUUUGGUUCAGAUCAUUGGAAGAGCUGCUCGGAAGCCCACAGAGACAGCAGAUGUCAAGUUUCUCUUUCUUGCACAAGAGUGCAGAAAUCUCUUACAAACUAGAUUGAACCAGUAUUAUUUUAACCGAUUUCAGAAUGAUGAAAAUUCCAAGGUGGACCACAUUUUCUACAAGAAUCUCUUCAAUACAGCAGAUGACUCUGCAAUUGCGCCUUUAAUUGACACAUUCAUGGCAAGGUUCGCUUCAGCGGAAGAACUGAUGGAGAACUUGGGAAGUUUGAAUUUGAAGAAUGUGCAGCGCAAUCUCGAGGCUCGUGUUAUCCAGAAUGUUCAUGAUUAUGUUGACAAUAUACCUUCAAAGAGAUCAGCUCCGGAGACUUCAGAAAACGAAGAGCCAGUAGCAGACACCAAAAAGAAGAAGAAAAUUGGUACAGAUCUUAGUGAUUUUGAACUCAACACCCAGAAAGAAAUGGAUGCGCUUGCAAGAGAAAUUUCGAGGGAUAAACUAGUUCCAGGUUUCUCACAUCUCGUACGGUGGAACAAAUUCAUACGAAAUGUUCAUCCACUGAAAGAGUACAACGGGGAUGCUUAUACAACAGAGCUAGCCUGCUAUCACUGUCAUUCUCAAAACCACGGUGGUGAUGACGAGGAAUGUCCAAUCAAACAGACUGUGAAAAACAUGGUGGAGGUCAUACUUAUAUUGAGGGAUGUUCACGGAUAUGAUCGUUUCUGUGAUUCGAUGGUACAACAUAUCGAAGACGGUCUUGGGCUUCGGAAAACGAUGAACUUCUUGGGGAGAAAUAUGGCGGUGGACACAUCUGUUGAAUUAUUUAACGAGGUUUCAGCAGUCCCCUCCGGCGUGGCUGUUGAGCUCGAUUUCAUCUUCACGGGAGAUUUAUUGUGA